UAUGAUCAGUAGUGGAAUAUCUCAAGAGCCAUCCUGCACCAAAUAUCAACCCAGAGCCGAAGAGAAACAACACAGCUCAGAGCAAUCACUUCUGGGGCUCAUGACAGACUCCAAAAGAAGGGGAGAAGAACAGUCUACAGCACAGAAAAUUUGUGCGGAAGAGGUUUUAACAGGGGAAGCUCUGGCUCCAGCCCAGUGCCUUUGGACCACAGAGCCGAGUGGAUCAGUGCAACUGAGAAUAGACAACCUCUGUCCACAGCAACCAAUCACAGUGCAUCAGAUGUUUAUGAUCUCAAUUCAGAAAUAUGGCAAUUUAUUUGCCCUGGCAACUAAAAGAAAUGGCAAAUGGGAAAAGAUUACAUUCUCUGAAUACUACCAAUGCUGUCGGAUAGCUGCUAAGAGCUUUCUGAAGUUGGGGCUGGAACGUUUCCACAGUGUGGCCAUUUUGGGAUUCAAUUCAGCAGAGUGGUUCUUUUCUGCUGUCGGAGCUGUCUUUGCAGGAGGUAUAAUGACAGGGAUCUAUGCCACAAAUUCUCCCGAGGCCUGUCAUUAUGUGGCCAGUGACUCAAGAGCAAAUAUUAUUGUAGUGGAAAAUCAAAAGCAACUGGAUAAAAUUUUGCAGAUAAAAGAUAAACUGUCAGAUUUGAAAGCCAUUGUGCAAUAUUCUGGACCCUUGCUGGAGAAACUGCCCAAUCUGUAUUCUUGGGAGGAGUUCAUGAGUCUGGGCCUGGAGAUUCCAGACAAAACCCUGGAUGACAUCAUCAGUGGUCAGAAAGCCAACCAAUGCUGUGUGCUUAUCUACACAUCAGGAACCACAGGCAUGCCGAAAGGAGUGAUGCUCAGCCAUGACAACAUCACAUGGACGUCUCACCAUGCGAGCAGAGCUGCAGACAUGCAGCCAGCUGAGAUAAAACAAGAAUCCAUAGUGAGCUACCUUCCUCUCAGCCAUAUUGCUGCUCAGAUCUAUGACCUGUGGACAGGGAUUCAGUGGGGCGAGUUAGUCUAUUUUGCACAGCCUGAUGCUUUAAAGGGCAGCUUGGUUGAGACUUUGAAAGAGGUCAACCCUUCAUCUCAUAUGGGAGUCCCUCGUGUCUGGGAAAAAAUCAUGGAGAAAAUAAAGGAGGCAGUUUCACACUCUGCAUACAUAAAAAAGAAACUGCUGACCUGGGCCAUGUCUGUUGGUUUGGAGGCUAAUCAAAGGGAUGAGGAGAAAUCAAUUCUCUUCACCCUUGCAGAUGUGCUGGUCCUGGACAAACUUCGUGCAGAGCUGGGCUUCUCUUGUUGUGAGAAGUUCUUCUCUGGAGCAGCUCCUCUUGGAAAAGAUACAGUCCAGUUCUUCCUUGGCCUCAACAUUAAGUUAUAUGAGGCUUAUGGCAUGAGUGAAAGCAGUGGGCCUCAUUUUAUGUCUGGUCCAGAAGUCCACAAGCAGUCAAGUUGUGGCAAGGUGGUUCCUGGCUGCAGAUAUAAAUUAGUGAACAUUGAUACUGAUGGUGUUGGAGAGGUGUGCUUUUGGGGUCGGAAUGUUUUCAUGGGGUAUCUCAACAUGGAGGAUAAAACCAAGGAAACCUUGGAUGAGGACGGCUGGCUGCAUUCUGGAGACUUGGGCAAAACAGAUGAAGAUGAUUUCCUUUACAUUACUGGAAGGAUAAAAGAGUUGAUAAUAACUGCUGGUGGAGAGAACGUCCCUCCAGUUCCAAUAGAGGAUGCGGUGAAAAAGGAGCUGCCUAUAAUCAGUAAUGCCAUGCUAAUUGGGGACAAGAGGAAGUUUCUCUCAAUGCUGCUCACACUUAAGUGUGUCACCGAUGCUGAAACCACAGAGCCCACUGAUAACCUUAGUUCUGACACUCUGGAAUACUUUCAACAACUUGGCAUCCAAGCAACAAAGGUUUCUGAUGUAAUUGGAGGGAAAGAUCCAAUAGUAAACCAGGUCAUUCAGGAGGGCAUUGACCGGGUCAAUGCUAAGGCCAACUCCAAUGCCCAGCGUAUUCAGAAAUGGACAAUUGUAGGGAAGGACUUCUCAAUCUCUGGAGGAGAGCUGGGCCCAACAAUGAAACUGCGACGACCGUUUGUCCUGAAGAUGUACCACAAUGAAAUAGAAAAUUUCUACAGAGAAUGAAAAAAUAACUACAGCUAACCACACGAGACGAGGGGUGUCAGCAGCCUUCAACAUCACACCCAAUCCAGUUAGUUCAUCAGCUAAUUACCAAGGCCUUUCCAAGCUGAAUUUGGUCUGUUAGAAAAGGGAAAACACAAGUGUCUAUACAGAUCUACAUCACACCUUUGAGCAGUGUCUUGAUGUCCAGAAUCUAAAAACACCAACUGCUUGAAACUAUUUAAAAUCAUGCUAGUCAAACCUCAUCUUUAUGGAGUCAGAAGAUAUUUGUUAGAUAUACAUAAAUUACAGAGAGGAAUAAUGCUCUAACAAAUUAAAAUGCAUUUGGAGAGUGCUUGGGUAAAUUAUGUUGGGAGAAUUGGCUAUUUUGUGGGUUACAAUAAUUUUGUCUCAUUUGUUUA